AUGUCAGAACUCGUCUGGGAUCUGGGCGGACGGAAAUCGAAGCCCCUCAAAUCAAUAUCUUACACUGGCUGCUGGACAUGUCGAAAACGCCGCAUCAAAUGCGAUGAAAGACCCGGAGCAUGCAGAACCUGCGAACAGGCAAAGCUGACCUGCGCGGGCUACGACGUGCGUCUGAUUUGGAAUGCAGGCCCGAAUACAAGCAGGCGGCGCAUCCGGUCUGGGUAUAAAGUUGCUUGCGCGCCAAUGACAGACGAUGAGGUCGCUCGCGCCUUGACAACUGUUGAGAAAUCUGAGAUCACACCGGCGGCGACGACGACUGUUGGGCCUUUUUCGGUCUUUGUGGCUCAGCCUCCUGAAGAUACUGCGAGUAUAGACAAUGAUAGUCCAGUUGAUUCACCUAAUGCAUCGCCCUUGUUUCCAGAGUCAAUAGACUCCAGAAUGCAGCUCAGCGAUUGCCUGGACCCCAAUCCGAUAGAGACACCAGAGUCUCCAGAGCAAACACCACUACGUGACGAUACUGUUGAAAACAUCAGGACUGAUCUUACCGGCUCACCCCAUUCGUCCUCCUCGUCUGAUACUCACGAAAUCCCUUCCGCUCCUGAAGAUGUUGCUGUCUCGCAUAGCCCGCGCUGGCUGGGGCAUACCAAUUCACCCCCAGAAGACGUCGACUUCAUCUUAUUUGAACAUAAUCUGGCUUCAAGCAUGAUUGAAGACACAACGGCUUCGAUGUUGAUGCAUCACUACAUGCAGCAUGUCGUCCACCUGAUGCAGCCGGUAUCUCAUUCAAGGAAUCCCUGGAGGACUGUAUACCUGCCGCUUGCUCUCCAGGGCUCGUCCCAGCUGGACGUCCCACGGCGCUUCCACUCGGCCAGUGUUGCUGUAUUCCACAGUGUCCUAUCUAUAGCUGCAGUCAACCUACAGAGCAUGCGAACCGAGCAAGAAGCUCUCAAACAGCUCGCCUGCCAUCACAAACAGCGUGCCCUCGUCGCACUACAAAGCGCACUCUCAACCAAAUCAACACCCUACAAAGAUAUCAUGACCGCCAUUCUCUCUCUUGUAUCUGCAGAUAUAAUGGACGGCGGCAUGUCCGACCACUGGAUCCACCUCGAAGCCGGCAUAAAACUGCAAGCAUCACGACACUACUCGAUGCUGGUAAGCCGCGAAACCUGCCUCCUAAACAACAUCUGCAAGAUGCUGCAUCUCUUCGCCCAGACCACCCUGCCCAUCCUCACCCCCAAACCCUGGCCGGGGUACGACCACGUCCCGCGCGGGGCAGACUUCUACUCCCUGGAACCCAGCAUCGAGUUCCUAUACGGGAUCACGACGUCCAUCGCGGGCGCAAUCUUCAAAAUAUACCGCCUCUCCCAGUACGUCGCGUACUACCGGGACCAGAGUCCGCGGCCGGAGCAGGAGUUCCCGGCGAGUCUGCUGCAGGCUUGUGAAGAGCUUGCUGAUGCGCUGGGUUCGUAUACGAUAACGACGGAGUCGUUCUCCUCGAUCUCGCCUACGGAGGCGGAAGGGCAUAUGGUUGAUAUUGCACGGGCUCAGGCGAAAGCUUUUCACAAUGCUGCGCUGAUAUACUAUUAUCGCUCUAUUCAACAGUGUAGCCGUGACUGCCUGUAUCAGGAGCAACGGGCUGUGCUGGAUGCGAUGAACGAGGCGGAGGAGUUGAAGGUUAAGGCUUCUACUGCAGGUAAUACUGGACCUGGAUCUGGAGCUAGCCAGGCUCAAAGUUCAUUUCCAGCACCGAUUACAUGGCCGGCGUUCGUGGCGUCUUGCGAGGCAGUAGGGGAGGAGAGGCAGGCGUGGGAUGGCUGGUGGAGGAGGGUGCAGGGGUAUGGGAUGAGGAAUUAUGGACAGCAGUAUGAGACUGUCUGUAGAAUUUGGGAGAGAAUGGAGGAGAACGAGAGUGAGGAUUGGAGAGAGGUGCUGGCGGAUCUGGGAGUGCGGAUUCUUCCUGUUUGA